UCCUCAACUUUUCUCAACGCUUAGGCUGCUACUGUUAUUAAAGACAAGGAGAAAGGAAGUAGCGGCAGGCUAGCUGGUUAGCCGAACUAUAACCACACCGUUUACUAUGAUAUAGUUGACUUUUCUGUCCUGUUUUGUCCUCACUGAGACGAUAUUGUGUUUUUAUACUGAAACGUCAAAAAGGAGGAUGCGGAUAUGUCUUUUUCUCGGGCUGUUUCGUCCGUUUCAAACCCCGAAACUGACUGAACGCUGAGCUUUGUCUGACUGGGAAUCCACCGCUGCUGUUAGCCUGCUUGAAUCAACUGUUGUUUCCCAUCAAGACGAGGAGAAAACAAAGAAACACAGCAGCGCCGUGUUUGUGAAUUUAGACAAAUACUCGGUUUCAUCGCGGGGAAUGCUGCUGUGAGGAUUACACCAGGACAAUGAGACAAACGGCAGGAAAAGGUGCUGUGUGGUGAGACAGAGGCGGUGGAUGUGCGGCAUGCUGAGGCCACUCCCCCUGGCUCAGGAUGAGUGUCAGAGAUGGCGCUGCCACCAUGGCAACAAACGCAGGUGGAGGUGGAGGAGGGGGAGUGGGCUGUAACGAUCCAGACGACCGCAUGUACCUGCUCCAGAUCUACCCACGGCUCGCUGCCCAGGCGUCCACCUGCUGCAACCUCAGAGUGCAGAAGAAUGCAACGACAGCCUCUGUAAUCUCGGAUGCUGCUGCGACGCUGGGGCUGGACCCCGGCGGUCUGUAUGUGUUGGCAGAGGUGAAGGAAAGCGGCGGGGAGGAGUGGAUCCUGGAGGCUGGAGACUUGCCCGUACAGAGGGUUCUGCUCUGGCCCCGAAAAGCUCAGGAGCAACACCCUCAGAGUGCUGGCUUUUACUUCUUGCUACAGGAGAGGAACCAUGAUGGCUCCAUCCAUUAUGUUCACCUCCCACCUUCGUCCAAGGAGCAAGAAGUACAGCAGCUCGCUGCGAGGGGCUUUCUCCCCCCACCCCAGGAUGACUUUGCAGACCUCUGCAACCUCCCCGUCCUCAGUGAGGACAGCAUAUUGAACAAUCUACUCACACGCUUCUACAAGAAAAAGAUCUACACCUAUGCAGGCAGCAUCCUCAUCGCCAUCAACCCAUUCAAGUUCCUGCCCAUCUACAACCCCAAAUAUGUCAAGAUGUACGAGAAUCACCAGCUGGGCAAACUGGAACCUCAUAUUUUCGCCAUUGCUGACGUGGCCUACUACGCUAUGCUCAGGAAGAGGGUGAAUCAGUGCAUUGUCAUCUCUGGGGAGAGCGGCUCAGGCAAGACCCAAAGCACCAACUUCCUGAUCCACUGUCUGACCGCGCUCAGCCAGAAAGGCUACGCCAGUGGGGUGGAGAGGACCAUCCUGGGAGCCGGACCCGUUCUGGAGGCCUUUGGUAACGCUAAGACAGCCCACAACAACAACUCCAGCCGCUUCGGUAAAUUCAUCCAGGUUAAUUAUCUGGAGAGCGGAGUAGUCCGAGGGGCUGUGGUUGAGAAGUACCUCCUGGAAAAGUCUCGCCUGGUCUCCAGAGAAAAGAACGAGAGGAACUACCACGUGUUUUACUACCUGCUGCUUGGUGCUUCAGAGGAAGAGAGAACAGAGUUUAAACUGCUGCCGCCUGAAGAGUACUUCUACCUCAAGCAGGAGAAUUUUAAGAUCGAAGAUGAGGAAGAUUUGCGUCAUGAGUUUGAGAGGCUGCAGCAGGCGAUGCAGAUGGUUGGCUUCCUUCCAGCCACAAAGAAACAGAUCUUCUCUGUGCUGUCUGCUAUCCUGUAUCUUGGCAACGUGACGUACAGAAGGAAGUCAUCGGGUCGGGAUGAAGGGUUGGAUGUAGGCCCACCUGAAGUCCUGGCUACCCUCUCUGACCUGCUGAAGGUCAAAGAGGAACUGCUGGUCGAAGCGCUGACGAAGAGGAAAACGGUGACUGUCAACGACAAGCUGAUCCUCCCCUACAGCCACUCUGAGGCGAUCACAGCCAGAGACUCCAUGGCCAAGUCUCUGUAUGGCGCCUUGUUUGACUGGAUUGUGCUGCGCAUCAACCACGCACUGCUCAACAAGAAAGACAUGGAGGAAUCUGUUCCCUGCUUGUCCAUUGGUGUUCUGGACAUUUUUGGCUUUGAGGACUUUGAAACCAACAGCUUUGAGCAGUUUUGCAUCAACUAUGCAAACGAGCAGCUGCAGUACUACUUUAACAAUCACAUUUUUAAUCUGGAGCAGGAGGAGUACCAAUCAGAGGGAAUCACCUGGCACAACAUUGACUACACAGACAAUGUGGGCUGCAUCCACCUCAUCAGCAAGAAACCCACAGGCCUGUUGUACCUUCUGGAUGAGGAGAGCAAUUUUCCACAUGCAACAGAUAAGACCCUGCUGGCCAAAUUCAAGCAGCAGCACCAAGGAAACAAGUACUUCAUACCCACCCCAGUCAUGGAACCUGCCUUUGUCAUUCAGCACUUUGCAGGGAAAGUCAAAUAUCACAUCAAGGAUUUCCGGGAGAAGAAUACGGACCACAUGCGUCCAGACAUCGUGGCGCUGUUGCGCAGCAGCGACAGAGCCUUCGUGCGGCAGCUCAUCGGCAUGGACCCGGUGGCCAUGUUCCGAUGGGGCAUCCUGAGAGCCACAAUCAGGGGCCUCGCCGCUUUCAAUGAGGCGGGUCGCUCCUGGGCCUCAAAAACAGCAGGUGUUAUCCGUCCAGCAUCCAGAACUCCUUUAGGAGAGUUGCAGCGCUCCAACACCCCGAUAGAACGAAUGUACAAUGUGUGGGUUCUCUCCUCUUCCUCUUCCCUCCACAGACGAGCUUCUAUGCUCGAUUUCUACUUUGAUCACUCAGAGGAGCGCCCUCUAGAGGCCUUUGAAGACAUCUUUGCUAGCUAUGAGAAUAAGAAAGAAAUGCAUUCAGAGAUCAUCAGCUCCAUAAAGAACUUGCAGCUGGACGGGGAGGACCCUCGCAAGCUGUUGCAAUCCUGGGGUCGCCUCCGCUUCCCGCGCCACGUCCUCCAGAAAAACAAGAAUGUCAGGCAGAAGCAGGCCAUCCCAAAGAGUUUGCUGGAUUCGCAGUCUCUGAAGUUCAUCGUGAGUCUGACGCUGCACGAUCGUACCACAAAGUCUCUGCUCCACCUGCACAAGAAGAAGAAGCCGCCCAGCAUCAGUGCUCAGUUCCAGAACUCUCUAACGAAACUCUUAGAAACUCUGAACAAAGCCGAGCCUUUCUUCAUUCGCUGCAUCCGCUCCAAUGCGGAGAAGAAGGAGAUGCAUCUGGACCAGGCGUUAGUGCUGCAGCAGCUGCAUUACACAGGGAUGCUAGAAACCGUCCGCAUCAGAAGGUCCGGGUACCCGGCCAAGUACACCUUCCAGGAGUUUUUAGAGCAGUUUAGGGUUCUGCUGCUGAAGAACUCCUCCGCCUCCAAACAAGACAUUGCAGAUCUGCUGGAGAAGAAAAUGGGCUUCAACCCAACAACAUACCAGAUCGGCAAGACCAAGGUCUUCUUGAAGGAGCUGGAGCGACAGCAGCUGCAGGACAUGCGGCACAGAGAAGUGAUGCGGAAGAUCAUCUUCCUCCAGCGCUGGUUCAGAGCUCACCUGCAGAGGAACGAGUUCGUAGAAAUGAGAAGAGCAGCCAUCUUGAUCCAGGCUUCGUGGCGCAGGUACUGCAGAAAGGAGCAAAGGCGACGGGCAGCUACUGUGAUCCAAGCUGUGUGGCGAGGACACAGACAGAGAUCCGAGUACCACCGACAAAAACACGGAGCAACAAAAAUACAAGCUCUUGUCAGAGGACACUCGGCGCGCAGGAGGUGUAGGUCUAUUCGUGAAGAGAAAAGAAAGGAAGAGGAGGAGGAGGCCAGGAAAAGAGAAGAGGAGAGGAGAAUGAGAGAAAAGGAGGAAGAGGCCAGGAGAAAAGCAGAAGAGGAAGAGAGACUGAGAAUAGAAGAAAUGAAGAGACGAGCAGAGAAGGAAGCGGCAAGAAAAGCCCAGGAAACCCAGAAAAAACUGGCGGAAAAGGUGCAAAAAGAGGCGAGAGAGCCUCAGACGAGAGAGGAUCCAGACAUUGAGCUAGUUACAGAGGAGAAGCUGGAUGAAAACGUCCCAGAGGAGGAGCAGAGGAAGGAUGAAGAGAUGGAGGAUGAGGACUUGGAUCCUUGUGGUACGGAAGCUGAGGCUGGACCCCAGCUAGAUGAAGAUCAUGAACCUGGUCUGGCUCCAAACGCACCUACAGGCAUUUCCCCCCAUCAGGAGGAUAAAAAGUCCAGCACUACCGCCACAACAUCUCUGCAUGCUGAACUGAAGCGGCCGCAGCCCGGCCUCAUCAGCAAGGUCCCUUCGUCCAGGAGCCUGGAGAAGCGGGAGCAGAGGAGACGAAGAGGCCUGGAGCACAGCCAGAGAGAGUCUGAACGGGCCGCCUCCUCCUCAUCCUCAUCUUCAGCCACCAACCGAGACCAGACGUCCCCGACGAAGAGCCAGAACCAGGAGACGUCCAAGCUGAAGGAGCGUUCGGACAGCAAGGAGCUGGACCAGUAUACCUUCGUGGCCUGGAAGAAGAAGGAGGGGAAAACCUCUCCCCCCUCCGCCGGCCCCGUCCGUCCAUCCACGUUACCGCUGCAUCCCGCCGACUCCACACAGGACAAAAACGGUUUAGGGGAAGGCGUCGGGGUGGUGAACCUGCAGCGGCGCUCUGGAGCCAUAAAGGAGAAACCUGAGAAAUGGAAAGGAAGGAGGAGCAACGGGGAGAGCUCUGAGAGCACCGGGUCGCCUCCACUUCACAGCAAAGAGGAGACUACAAAGAAACCACCGCUGAGGGACGUGUCCCACUCGUCCGUUGACAGUUUGUCUCCAAGCUCGGAUGGAGCCUGGGCGGUUUCCGUCAGAGACCCCUGGACCGUGACCAUCAGAGAGGUAAAUCAUCCACAAGACGGUCAAGGGGACAGCUCCAGGUCCAGCUCCUUUAGGAAGAGACACCAGGACGGUUCUGGACAACCAGACUCACUUCCCUCUAACACGACCACACCAGACAAGUCUGGCGGUUUCUUCAGCAAGAUUUUGAAGAAGAGAUCCAAAGAGGCGCAUACUCCAGACAACGGAGAGCUGACAUUUGCUCAGAGUCUCAACGACAAGUCGAUGCUUGGGGAAGCGCUUCCCUCUGGCCCCUCGGUGCGUCCCGUUUCUCAGCCGCUCAGUGACCGAACGGGUAAAGGUAUAGGCCGAAACCCUACGAUUAAGAUCAGCCGCGCCACCCGAGUUUCAGAGCAUUGGGACGCCUCACUGGACCGAGUGAUCGCCAACAGCAACGAGCUGCGGAACCUCGACGAGUUUCUGGGCAACCAGGUGAAUGAUUUCCGCUCCAGAGGCAAGUCGCUGUCGCCUAUAGAGUCCAUCUUUGUCACCGCCACCAUGCAGUUUAGAGAGCAGAUCAAAUCUAUGUAUUCUCUCUCAAAUCCUACCAUCGGCUACAAAGCGCUGAUGACGGGCUUCAAGAAUAAAGUGAUCCACUUGGCCACAGACAAGCAGCAGGAAGAUGUUCAGUUAGUGGUCAACCUGUUCCAGUCGGUCCUGGACGGUUUCAUCAGAGGAGAGGUGAAGAAGGAGGAAGCCGAGCCCGUCAAGCCGACCAAAGCCAGAAAGAAAAGGAGGAAAAACGAUAAAAUUAUGGAGUCCCUGCUGGACCAUGGUUUCAUCAACUAUCAGGUCAGCAUUGUUCAGUCGUGUGACCAGUGCAGCUCCUACAUCUGGGGGAUGGAGAAAGCCUACAUGUGCAGCAAUUGUAAAAUGGUGUGCCACAAGAAGUGCCUUAGUAAGAUAGCCAUCAACUGCUCCAGCUUCUGUGCCAAAAAGAAUGAUGAAGAGGUGACGGGAUGUAACUUCGGGGUGCGAGUUUGUCACCUGGUGAGCGAUAAGAACCCGGUGCCAACGGUGCUGGAGAUGAUGCUGGAGCAUGUGGAGAUGCACGGCCUCUACACCGAGGGCAUCUACCGCAAAUCAGGCGCUGCCAACCGCAUGAGGGAGCUGCACCAGCGGCUAGAGAUGGAUACUUAUGUGGACAUUCUUGAGGACUAUCCCAUCCACACGGUGACAGGCCUGGUAAAGCAGUGGUUAAGGGAGCUGCCAGACCCACUCAUGACCUUCGCACAUUACAACGACUUCCUGCAUGCUGUGGAGCUGCCAGAGAAGCAGGAGCAACUUCAAGCCAUUUACAAAGUCCUGGAGGAACUUCCCACUGCAAACUUCAACACAUUAGAGCGGCUCAUCUUCCACCUUGUCAAGGUCUCUAAGGAAGAGGAGCACAACCGCAUGUCCCCCAACUCGCUGGCUAUAGUGUUUGCUCCGUGUAUCCUGCGUUGCCCCAACACGGCUGACCCGCUGCUCAGCAUGAAGGACGUGGCAAAGACGACGACGUGUGUGGAGAUGCUGAUCAUCGAGCAAAUCAGGCGCUACAAUGAGAAGAUGGAGGAGAUCGAGCAGCUGGAGUACGCUGAGGCUCUGGCUGUCAAACAGCUGAAUCUCAAGAGAAAGAACACAACCAGCUGCCCUUUAUCUCUCAGGUUGACAGCUCAUUACAAAGGAGGGGUGAUCCGUGAGAAGGUCAGUUCUGAUCUCACCGUGGUCCCCGAGAACGAGCCGCUGGACUCGGACACUGAGACGGAGAACAACCUGGUGGAACGCAUCAAGUCCAUCAAACAAGAGAAAGAGGAACUGGCUUUCCGGCUGCCAGAGAUGGAGCAGCCCGGUUCAGACCAGGAGAACCUGGACUCUGAAGCGUCUCUGAGCUCCGAGAGUCUUCUGGACGAACAGCAGCAGCGUUCGUCCGCGCACGGCUCGGAGCCAGAAGGGCUCAGUAGCGUCCAGCUGAGAAGACACAGGCCAGUUAGACCUCUUAAGCCUCCAGAUCUCGUCCAGCGAACUAAACCCUCUGUUGGACGACCGUUUCUGGGAAACCUCACCCCCGCCAGCUCCACCUCCUCUCUGUCCAGCUGCGCCUCCACGGCAUCCGAAACCUCCACCGCUUCCACCAGGCGGCCCCUGCAGCGCCGCAACCCCAUCAUCCCAGACACCGUCAAGCUGCCCCCAGGCGUCCUCCCCCAGCAGAUGGCCACCGGUUCUUCUCAGACAUUCCCUCCUCCUGGAAAUCGAGAGAUUUCGUACCCCGUCUGGAAAAGGGAGCAUCCCGGCCGUCGCAAAGACAGCACCCAGUCGUUGUACCUCGACAACCCAGAGAGUGGCCUCCUGCUGGAUUUCUCCUCCUGCCCUCCCUCUGCUUCCUCCUCUUUCUCCUCUAUCGCCAUGGCUACGCUCCAGCAAAAAGAUAUUAGAGCCCCCAAGAGUCACAGACGCUUUUCUGACCCAGACAUACCCUACAUGGACGACGAUGUCUGACCUACGGAGGAGAAGAAUGUAACAGAGUGUGAAUUUGCUGUAGAUUGAAGCGACUUUGAACAGCAGAAACUCAGUAUGGCGCUAAAAAUGUGUCAAAAGUCUUGUGUUGUGUUGUUCAUCAGUAGAAAUAACUGGACAAAUUGUUGCCAAGCACCUUUUCUAUCAUUUUUAAAUAUACUGUGGUUACUGUUGGAGAGCACAGUUUGACUACAGGCUGCAUCUUCUGUAGCCUCCUGUUUUGUUUUGUUUGUUUUUUUAUUUUAUUUUGGCUUGUAAAAGAAGAUAUUGCAGGUUCUAGUCAUGCUUUCAUUCUUUCCUAAUGCUGAGAAUUGCUAGCUAGUGCCUUGAUGAUGAUAACCCAUUUCUCACAGCAUAAUUCCUGAACAGUCUUAACAGGAGAGGUGUGGGGUGUCCAGAAUAUAGAGGGGAUUUUUGCCGCAAUAUUUCAUGUGUAACGUCUUGAAGUGGAACAAAACAUGUUCAGAGAAAGGACCUAAUCAUGCUUCUACCCAUCACACAAAAGAACACCAGAGAGGAACUCACUGCUUUCAGUUUGCAAAGGGAAAUGGGAGCAGCACAAGCCACUUUCUCCAACGGAAAAGAAAGAAAGAGAACACAAGCCCGACCACAACGCCAUGCCACGACUUCCCCGAAGUCUCGCAGAGUCACGACGACGAGCGCAGAUUGAAUUAAAUACUAAUUUCUUUCUCUGACUGCUGAAUGAUGUUUGUUAGUCUGUCUGGUUUGUGAGGAAGAUUGUUCUGAUGUGUAACUGAGGGUGUGUUUGGGACUGAAUGUCAGGAGCUGUAAUGGUUAUUAGUGUUAACAUAAAAAUACAUCAUACUUCCGUG